AUGGAGGCACGUCGCUCGCCGUGGAAGUCGAAAGCAUCAGCCUUUGGUAAUUGGAGCCUCCUUGGCGAUGUGAAGCCCGGACUUGUUCCAGAGGUUCCAGCGCCUUCAUUCCUGGAGGCUUCCGCUUUGAGAUCGGAUCCGGAGUUACCUGCGCCUUCGUCCUCUGUUCUGUCUCCCUUUCCGGUGGCUUCUACCUUGGGUUCAGAUCUUCAGAGCUCCCCCCUCAUCAGACCGUGGGGGUGUCUGAGACUCCGGCCCCUUCAUCAGCUACAAUGGAUUCUACGGCUGGCUCGGGUCCAUUGGGCCCCACCUCCCAUCAGUCCUCGAGAGGUCUUCUAAACCACUCGAGGUGAAAUAACGGCCAGAUGCCCUCAGCCAUUUCACCAGCUCGGAACUGCUGAAGAUUGAUUUUGAAGAACUGAUUCUAGCUCUGAAAGAUUCCAAAAAAGGCCCGGUACCAUCGCUGGGUCACGGCUGUGAAAGAUUCAGCAGGCUACUGGCAUUACACACCUGGCUAAAAGACUACUGUAGCUCUCUUGGCAUAACGUUUAUAGAUAACUUUGAAACAUUUUGGAAAAAAAAGAUGCUCUACAGCCUUCAAACUCAACUCUGGACCUCAAAGCCAGUUCCAUUGCAUUUUUGUAUUGCUCCCCUCUAAUUAGGGACUGAUUUAGACCUGGGACACCAGAUGUGUGCAAUUAAUUAUCAGGUAGAUCAGAAAACCAGCAGGCUCUGGACUUUGUAAAGUAAGAGUUGAAUACCCCUGCUCUACAGGAAUGACGGAGUCCAUCCAAAUCAUCUUGGCUCCUGGACCCUGUUAGCUCAUUUAAAGGCUGCGUUGUGACAAUGACUUAUCAGUGACCCAAGCCCUGCUCAGAUAAUCCCUACUAUUGUGUAGCUGAAUUGUCGUAGUGCUGCUGCAAAUGUACACUGUCCCAGGGGCGUUGGCAGUCAUAAUGUAAGUAACCUAAUGUAUGUCCCUCUAACUCCCCUGAAUGCCUCUGUCAGUAUGAUAAAUGUAUGCACUCACUAAAUGUAAGUCGCUCUGGAUAAGAGUGUCUGCUAAAUUACUAAAAUGUAAAAAAAUUAAAAUAAUCCUACAGCUAUUGUAUGCAGUAAUAAUUCACCUAUGAACCUGAGUUGUACUGUUAGCACUGAGGCAGUUUGCCCUAGUAGGAAGUCACCCUGCACUAUCAGCUCGAACAUAAAUAUCACUGUCAAGUCUAUCUCAGAUAAGCCUCCCAGUAAAGCUAUAAAUACCAUUGAGAAUUCCCGAAAAGUGCUAAAAAAUUAGCCCACAUUAACAUACUGUAUGUAGCCUAAGAAACAAGGUUAAUGAAAUAGAAAACUUGCUAGUAACAUAUAACAUUAAUAUACGGUGCCUUCGGAAAGUACUCAGACCCCUUGACUUUUUCCACAUUUAGUUACGUUACAGCCUUAUUCUAAAAUGGAUUCAAUAAAUAAAAAUCCUCAGCAGCUACACACAAUACCCCAUAAUGAAAAAGUGAAAACAGGUUUUUAGAAAUCUUUGCAAAUUUAUAAAAAAUAAAAAACAUAAAUAUAUUAUUUACAUAAGUAUUCAGACCCUUUGCUAUAAGACUCGAAAUUGAGCUGAGGUGCAUCCUGUUUCCAUUGAUCAUCCUUGAGAUGUUUCUACAACUUGAUUGGAGUCCACCUGUGGUAAAUUCAAUUGAUUGGACAAGAUUUGGAAAGGCACACACCUGUCUAUAUAAGGUCCCACAGUUGACAGUGCAUGUCAGAGCAAAAGCCAAGCCAUGAGGUUGAAGGAAUUGUCCGUAGAGCUCCGAGACAGGAUUGUGUCAAGGCACAGAUCUGGGGAAGAGUACCAAAACAUUUCUACAUAAUUGAAAGUCCCCAAGAACACAGUGGCCUCCAUCAUUCUUCAAUGGAAGAACUUUGGAACCACCAAGACUCUUCCUAGAGCCGGCCGCCCGGCCAAACUGAGCAAUCGUGGGAGAAGGGCCUUAACUCCCCUCCCAGGGAGGGGACCAAUAACCCAAUGGUCACUCUGACAGAGCUCUAGAGUUCCUCUGUGGAGAUGGGAGAACCUUCCAGAAGGACAACCAUCUCUGCAGCACUCCACCGAAGCCACUCCUGCACAUGACAGCCAGCUUGUUUGCCAAAAGGCACCUAAAGACUCUCAGACCAUGAGAAACAAGAUUAUCUGGUCUGAUGAAACCAAGAUUAAACACUUUGGCCUGAAUGCCAAGCGUCACGUCUGGAGGAAACCUGGCACAAUCCCUAUGGUGAAGCAUGGUGGUGACUGCAUCAUGCUGUGGAGAUGUUUUACAGCGGCAGCGACUCGGAGAAUAGUCAAGAUUGAGGCAAAGAUGAACGGAGCAAAGUACAGAGAGAUCCUUGAUGAAAACCUGCUCCAGAGCGCUCAGGACCUCAGACUGGGCCGAAGGUUCACCUUCCAACAGGACAACAACCCUAAGCACACAGCCAAGACAACGCAGGAGUGGCUUCGGGACAAGUCUCUGAAUGUCCUUGAGUGGCCCAGCCAGACCCAGACUUGAACCCAUCAAACAUCUCUGGAGAGACCUGAAAAUAGCUGUCCAGAAAUGCUCCCCAUCCAAGAUGACAGAUCUUGAGAGGAUCUGCAGAGAAGAAUGGGAGAAACUCCCCAAAUACAGCUGUGCCAAGCCUUUAGCGUCAUGCCCAAGAAGACUCGAGGCUGUAAUCGCUGCCAAAGGUGCUUCAACAAAGUAAUGAGUAAAGUAAUGUUCAGAGUCUUAAUCCUGUAAAGUUUAGAGAGGAUCUCAUGUCAAAUGCUGUUGAAGUAAUAUGCCUACAGGUUCACCUGCCUCACCUAAAGCCCAUUAUUGUGGGAAGCUGCUAUAGACUAACAAAUGCUAACAGUCAGUAUCUGGAUAAUAUGUGUGAAAUGCUUAAAAAUGUACGUGAUAUCGACAGAGAAGUAUAUUUUCUGGGUGACCUAAAUAUUGACUGGCUUUCAGUAUCCAAAUCCAUCAGAUGGUGUUAUUUAAUGGAAACCUCUCCUACAUAAUCCAGGUAGAGUCAGGCAUUCCCCAGGGCAGCUGUCUAGGCCCUUUACUGCAACACUUAACAAAGAGUUGUAGUGAAUUUCAGAAUGGGUGGUAAGAAAUAAGUUUGUCCUAAAUAUUUAAAAACUAAAAGCAUUGUAAUUUGGACAAAUCCUUCACUAAACCCUAAACCGCAACUAUCUCUUGCAAUGGAUGUGGAAAUUUAGCAAGUUGAGGAAAGUAAACUGCUUGGAGUAACCCUGGAUUGUAAACUGUCAUGGUCAAUAUAUUAACACAACAGUAGCUAAGAUGGGGAGAGGUCUGUCCAUGAUAAAGCGCUGCUCUGCCUUCUUAACAACACUAUCAACAAAGCAGGUCCUACAGGCCCUAGUUUUGUCUCACCUGGACUACUGUCCAGUCGUGUUGUCAAGUGCCACAAAUAGGGACAUAGCAAAAUUAAAAUUGGCCCAGAACAGGGCAGCAUAACUGGCCCUUAAAUGUACACGGAGAGCUAACAUUAAUAAUAUGCAUGUCAAAUUCUCCUGGCUCAAAGUAGAGGAGAGAUUGCCUUCAUCACUAAUUGUAUUUGUGAGUAUUGACAUGUUGAAUGCACCGAGCUGUCUGUUGAAGCUACUAGCACACAGCUCAGACACCCAUGCAUACCCCACAAGACAUGCCACCAGAGGUCUCUUCACAGUCCCCAAGUCCAGAAGAGACUAUGGGAGGCACACAGUACUACAUAGAGACAUGACUACAUGGAACUCUAUUCCACAUCAAGUAACUCACGCAAGCAGAAAAAUAAGAUUUCAAAAACUGAUAAAAAUGCACCUUAUGGAACAGCAGGGACUGUGAAGAGACACACACAGGCACAGACAUACACAUACACAUGAUAACUAUACACACACGUACAAAAGGAUUUUGUGUUGUAAAUAUGUGGUAGUAAAGUAGUGGCCUGAGAGCACACACCUAAAUAUUUUGUGAAAUGUAUUGUAAUGUUUUAAAAAUGGUAUGCCUUCAUUUUGCUGGCCCCAGGAAGUGUAUCUGCUGCCUUGGCAGCAGCUAAUGGGGAUCCAUAAUAAAUACAAAUUUAACCAUGGAAGCACGGACACCGUUAGAGGUGUGAAGACUGAUGAAAACUUUUAUUGACUAAAUAAAUGUUACUGUGUGAAUUAAAUUGUCAUGUUUGGAUUGUUUCAAGAGUUCAUAAAGAGCUAUGAAUUUUUAUAUGUUUUAUUGUACUGUAAGUGCUAUGGAUUUAUUGUUAAAGGGAAACUGUGUUAUUCUGUUAAUCGGAUGGCGUAUAGUUCAAAGAGGAGCAACACAGGGGUGUGCUAUUAUUAUACAGUUUUGAGGUGUGGUGAUUAGAUGAGAGAAUUCAUAUUAAGUUUUAUGCCUUUUGUGUUAAUGUUUUGGGCCAUGCUAAGUGAUGUUAAUUUGACUACGGAAUAUACUAGGAUUUAGCUCUCUCUGAAUAAUAAAAGCUGAGUUUAAACUUUGAUCAAGGAGUCAUUGGUAAUUGGUAGUGGGGAAUUGUCUAUGUUUUUAAGACGUAGAAUAUUUUGUAUUAUUUUUAUCGUGAAGAUUUCUGGUAUGUACCAUUUGAUAAUUGUAUUCUUAUUGCAUAACUGUAAUAAAUCUGAUUACUUUUAAAUGGAAACGAACCGUAGUCCUUACAUUUCUGAGUAAUAUUCCUUUAAUUAUUGUUUGGUGUAUUGUCUUAUGGUAAAUGUUAUUCACAAUACACAUAGCAAUGUAUGCUUGGCCUCUUAACUGUGCAGCUCUGAGCUAAGGUUAACUCAAUCAUUUAAUUCUAGGACAUUUACUGCACGAUAUUAGCUCCUUGUCCCUUAGCCUCUUAAUAAUUGCAUAACAGUAAACCUAGACACGUGCAUCUGAUAGUAUUCCGAGUGGUGGCACAAGGCUCCCUACCUUAACUAGUUUCAUUGGAUACGAUUAUGGGCCUCUAGCAUUCACAUGAUAAUGGAGUCAGAUGGUAGUAUGGUCAUAUUCCCCUACACCAAUUCUCUGUCAUCCUCAGAGUAAGGGGAUUUUCACUAAUCUACACUCUCACCAUGGAAACAGAGGGUCUGUCGACACGAACGUGCGUCGCUAAAACAUUCCUAUAUCAACGCCUUUUUGUUCCAACAUUGACGGAGCCAAGUCUAUCGGGACUUGUAACUGCCUGUAACUCACGUUCAUUAGAGAAAUGUUCACACUAAUUGCUUCUCUCCCUGUGUGUGUCUCUGUCUGUCUGUGUGUGUGUGCGUGUGUGUGUGUGUAUGUGUGUGUGUGUGUGUGUAUGCAUGUAAAUUUGCAUGCUCGAAUAUACACUGAGUGUACAAAACAUUAGGACCCACUGCUCUUUCCAUGACAUAGACUGACCAGGUGAAUCCAGGUGAAAGCUAUGAUCCCUUAUUGAUGUCAGUUGUGAAAUCCACUUCAAUCAGUGUAGAUGAAGGGGAGGCGUCAGGUUAAAGAAGGAGUUUUAAGCCUUGAGACAAUUGAGACAUGGAUUGUGUAUGUGUGCCAUUCAGAGGGUGAAUGGGCAAGACAAAAUAUUUAAGUGUCUUUGAACGGGGUAUGGUAGUAUGUGCCAGGUGCACCGGUUUGAGUGUGUCAAGAACUGCAACGCUGCUGGGUUUUUCACACUCAACAGUUUCCCAUCCACCACCCAAAGGACAUCCAGCCAACUUGACACAACUGUGCGAAGCAUUGGAGUCAACAUGGGCCAGCAUCCCUGUGGAACGGCUUUCGACACCUUGUAGAGUCCAUGCCCUGACGAACUGAGGAUGUUCUGAGGGCAAAAGGGGGUGCAACUAAAUAUUUGGACGGUUUUCCUAAUGUUUUGUCCACUGUGUACAGUAUGUACACAGGGUCCUCCCCUCCAUGUCUCCGACCACUACUUUGUUUCCUUUUCUCUCUCGCUCUCCUCCCACACUACUCACUCUGCCCCUACACAGAUGGUAAUGCGCCGCCGCAACCUUCGCUCUCUCUCUCCCACUACUCUCUCCUCUUCCAUCCUAUCAUCUCUUCCCUCUGCUCAAUCCUUCUCCCUCCAAUCUCCUGAUUCUGCCUCCUCAACCCUCCUCUCCUCCCUUUCUGCAUCCUUUGACUCUCUGUGUCCCCUAUCCUCCCGGCCGGCUCGGUCCUCCCCUCCAGCUCCGUGGCUUGAUGACUCACUGCGAGCUCACAGAACAGAGCUCCGGGCAGCGGAGCGGAAAUGGAAGAAAACUAAACUCCCUGCCGACCUAGCAUCUUUUCACUCCCUCCUCUCUACAUUUUCUUCAUCUGUUUCUGCUGCUAAGGCCACCUUCUACCACUCUAAAUUCCAAGCAUCUGCCUCUAACCCUAGGAAGCUCUUUGCCACAUUUUCCUCCCUCCUGAAUCCUCCCCCCCCCCCCCCCCUCCUCUCUCUCUGUGGAUGACUUCGUCAACCACUUUGAAAAGAAGGUUGACGACAUCCGAUCCUCGUUUGUUAAGUCUAAUGACACUGCUGGUCCUGCUCACACUGCCCUACCCUAUGCUUUGACUUCUUUCUCCCCUCUCUCUCCAGAUAAAAUCCUGCGACUUGUGACUGCAGGCCGCCCAACAACCUGCCCGCUUGACCCCAUCCCCUCCUCCCUUCUCCAGACCAUCUCCGGUGACCUUCUCCCCUACCUCACCUCGCUGAUCAACUCAUCCUUGACCGCUGGCCAUGUCCCUUCCGUCUUCAAGAGAGCGAGAGUUGCUCCCCUUCUCAAAAAACCAACACUCGACCCCACUGAUGUCAACAACUACAGACCAGUAUCCCUUCUUUCUUUUCUUUCCAAAACUAUUGAGCGUGCCGUCUUUAGCCAACUCUCUUGCUAUCUCUCUCAGAAUGACCUUCUUGAUCCAAACCAAUCAGGUUUCAGGACUGGUCAUUCAACUGAGACUGCUCUUCUCUGUGUCACGGAGACUCUCCGCACUGCUAAAGCUAACUCUCUCUCCUCUGCUCUUGUCCUUCUAGACCUGUCUGCUGCCUUUGAUACUGUGAACCAUCAGAUCCUCCUCUCCACCCUCUCCGAGCUGGGCAUCUCCGGCGCGGCUCACUCCUGGAUUGCGUCCUACCUGACCGGUCGCUCCUACCAAGUGGCGUGGCGAGAAGCUGUCUCCGCACCACGUGCUCUCACCACUGGUGUCCCCCAAGGCUCAGUUCUAGGCCCUCUCCUUUUCUCCCUAUACACCAAGUCACUUGGCUCUGUCAUAUCCUCACAUGGUCUCUCCUAUCAUUGCUACGCUGACGAUACACAACUAAUCUUCUCCUUUCCCCCUUCUGAUAACCAGGUGGCGAAUCGCAUCUCUGCAUGUCUGGCAGACAUAUCAGUAUGGAUGACGGAUCACCACCUCAAGCUGAACCCUGGCAAGACGGAGCUGCUCUUCCUCCCGGGGAAGGACUGCCCGUUCCAUGAUCUCGCCAUCACGGUUGACAACUCCGCUGUGUCCUCCUCCCAGAGUGCGAAGAGCCUAGGCGUGACCCUGGACAACACCCUGUCGUUCUCCGCCAACAUCAAGGCGGUGACCCGCUCCUGCAGGUUCAUGCUCUACAACAUUCGGAGAGUACGACCCUGCCUUACACAGGAAGCGGCACAGGUCCUAAUCCAGGCACUUGUCAUCUCCCGUCUGGACUACUGCAACUCGCUGUUGGCUGGCCUCCCUGCCUGUGCCAUUAAACCCCUACAACUCAUCCAGAAUGCCGCAGCCCGUCUGGUGUUCAACCUUCCCAAGUUCUCUCACGUCACCCCCCUCCUCCGCACACUCCACUGGCUUCCAGUUGAAGCUCGCAUCCGCUACAAGACCAUGGUGCUUGCCUAUGGAGCAGUGAGGGGAACGGCACCUCUGUACCUUCAGGCUCUGAUCAGUCCCUACACCCAAAUGAGGGCAUUGCGCUCAUCCACCUCUGGCCUGCUGGCUCCCCUUCCUCUGCGGAAGCAUAGUUCCCGCUCAGCCCAGUCAAAACUGUUCGCUGCUCUGGCACCCCAAUGGUGGAACAAGCUCCCUCACGACGCCAGGACAGCGGAGUCACUCACCACCUUCCGGAGACAUUUGAAACCCCACCUCUUUAAGGAAUACCUGGGAUAGGAUAAAGGAAUCCUUCUACCCCCCCCCCCCCCAAUUGUAAAGUGGUUAUCCCACUGGCUAUAGGGUGAACGCACCAAUUUGUGAGUCGCUCUGGCUAAGAGCGUCUGCUAAAUGACGUUAAUGUGCCCUUGAGCAAGGCACUUAACCCUAAUUGCUCCUGUAAGUCGCUCUGGAUAAGAGCGUCUGCUAAAUGACUAAAAUGUAAAUGUAAAUGUAUGUGGGCUCUAUUUUAACAAACCUAACGCAAUGGUAAAUAUUAGCGCUGGCGGUAGCUAGGUCUGGGGGGGAUGUCCAAAAUAUUGUUGCUAUUUUCACAGCAGGAAUAAUGGGCGCAGUAGCUUGUGGUGGCGUGAAAGGGCUCGGGUUUUGAUGAAUAAAUAAGUCGUAGGUAUGUCAAGUUGUGCAUUUACGGUCUUUUAUGUAUUGCAUUGUCAUCAACUCCAAAUUGAACGUUAGUCCGUUAUAGCCUAGUUUGAUAAAUAUCCUACAGAAAUAUAAUAACUAAAUGGUCUAGGCCUAACCAAUCUUUGCUAAAUAAUUGUCACAUGUUUACAGUCCACAUUGUUCUAAGUUAUUGCAUUGCUUCAAAAUGGAAAUGUAUUGUUAAAUAUACCAUUCGCACUGAUAUAGGGGCCAGGCCUACUGUAAAUUGCAUUAGGCCGAAGUCUGAGCCAUGGACAUACCAAACGUUGUCAAUAAACAAGAUUCAAUUCACAAUUGAUAAGGCCUAAAAAAAAGUUAAUAAUUCUAGAAAAAGUUUAAUCUAAAUGAAACACCAACUUGUUUUAAAUAGUCAAUGUCUAAAUACAGUUAUAGGCACCAUAAUUGCUCCCUGUGGGCAUAUGAUAUAAAGGCAACGUAGAAUAUGGACGGUUUUAUGCACAUCCAAACUUUUCACAGGAGCUGUACAAAGAUCCAAUAUAAAGAGAAAGGUGGAAUGUCCACUCACUGUUAUUUUAUAAACAUCAUGGAACCAUCUUACAGAUCCCAUUCGCACAAGCAUGAUAUCAUAUUUCACAUCUCUUGUUCCAUGAGCAUAAGGCAGUGUGCACACAUAGGCCUAAACGUAUUUACGCAUAACUUUCACACGUCUAUACAAAUUACUAGGCUCCUGUAAAUUCUAUCAUUGCCUAUGUGUGAAGCACAUUACCUCAAUAAGCAAUAUACAUCUACCAUUGAUAUGGCAUUAUAGGAGGACUGAAUAAUUUAAAUACGUUUGGAGGAGCGCGUCUUUGGUAAUCGAACGAGGGGCGCUCUUUGAAAAUGGGGAUGGAUACUUGAACAAGCGAAGUAUGCAGGUAUUUGAAUUGUGAAUCAUGAAAAAGCAAGAGGUCAAAAACCUCCAAAAUAUUUAAAGGCACUCUCAGUAGACAAUUCAAAACCCCUUUAUUGAUAUGUUUACUUGGCUAAUGCAUGGCCAGGAUAAAAAAGACGCAGCUAUGUGAAGUUGCUAAACCAGCCUUGAUUUAGGGGAGGGGACGGUAGCCUACGCUUGGUCUUAAAUAAAAUUAAACUAAAUGAGGGAAAAUAGUUUCUUAUGUUUCUAAAUACGAGGUUCACCGGCACAAAAGGCACAUCUCUCGUUCCAUGGGCACUGUGCGUCACGGCUGGAUAGGCUCCACUUCCGCUCUCAAAAUCCAUGCCAUAACCAACUGCCUUAACUCUAAGACCAGCUUUUGAUUGGUCUUAAAUACCCCCACCAGCGCUGCCUGAAAUUGGAACUUUAGGGCAAGUUUUAAAGGACACACCUCAGAUAUUGCCACCCCUCCCACCUCAGCAUAAGCAAGCGCAUAUAAGAUCGGUACAUUACCAAUCCUAGUGCAAGCGUUGGUGAAAAAUAUGGGUUGUUUAUGAAUUUAAAGGACCAAUAAAAUGGGAUAAAAAACGUAGCUGCAUGAUUUUAGGCAGGUAGCAACCACCACAGGGUGUCCGUUCAGAACACGAGGAAGCCGUAGUUCCAGUUCAAGGUUUAAUGAAGAGCCACACACACACAUACAACACCACUCUCUCUGAUACUAAUUGUGGUUCAGUAUAGAAAAGAUGAGAACUUAGGCUAUAGCACAGUAUGGGAAAAAUAUGCCUAUUUUCAUGUCAACAACUAAACAUGCUUUGUGGACCCAAACACAUGAUAGAUGCACAAAGAACAAUAGAGAAAUGUAGAAAUAACUACACAUUAUAAAACAACAUAAUAAGCAUGAGCGAUCUACAACCGAAAAUAGCCUAGCACCACAGACAAAUGUUAAUAAUUGCUAAUCGCUAAUAAGCAUGCUAAAUAGUCAUGCAUUCCAGAUGACAAUGCUAAUGCUGACGCCAGCGGGAGUGCUUCGAGGUCUGCUUGCUUGAAAUCGUCGGCACUACUGGCCGCCCCGUGUAGCAACUGCACUGUGGCUUCCACCAGCUCAUGGAAAGUGUUGAACUGGGCAACAUCAGGGAGAGACGACUUGGUGUCCGCUGACAGGAGGUACAUUUUAAAAAUGUUGUCAUUUAGCAGACACUCUUAUCCAGAGUGACUUACAGUUAGUGAGUGCAUACAUUAUUUUUUUAUUUUUCAUACUGGCCCUCCGUGGGAAACGAACCCACAACACUGGCGUUGCAAACACCAUGUUCUACCAACUGAGCUACAUCCCUGCCGGCCAUUCCCUCCCCUACCCUGGACCAAUUGUGCUUCGCCCCAUGGGUCUCCCGGUCGCAGCCGGCUACGACAGAGCCUGGAUUCGAACCAGGAUCUCUAGUGGCACAGCUAACACUGCGAUGCAGUGCCUUAGACCACUGCGCCACUCGGAAGGUUGCUUCAACAGCUCCUCUGCUUCGUCAGGAGGUACUUGGUCUGGUCUUCUGGUCAAGACUGCGACAGCGUCUUGCCACGUGUGAUAUCGUCAGCCGGAUUUCUCUCCGUGUCCACGUAACGCCAGGCCUGGGGGUCUGUUAUCUCCUGUAUUUCUGUGACUCUUGCGCCUACAAAUACUUUGUACCUGCAGGAGUCUGACUGGAGCCAGGUUAAGACUGUUGUAGAAUCCGACCAGUACGUGACCUCAUGGAUUUCCAGGGUGAGUUAUUUUCUGAUGACCACGGCCAGCUGGGCACCGGUGAGUGCAGCGCAGAGCUCGAGUCUUGGCAUCGACUGUUGUGGUUUUGGGGCCACUCUUGAUCUUGCUGCAAGGAAUGCUAUUUGGAUCCGUAUAUUGGUGUCUUCAGUAAGGAUGUAUGCAACGGCACAUACGCACGUUCUGAGGCAUCACUGAAGACGUGAACGCUUAUUGUGCUGGUUAGGAGGUCCAUGUCGGGGCUGACGUAACACCUUGGCAGUGUGACCUGAGACAGCUGUGGAAGUUUGUUCUCCCAAAUAAGCCACGCUUGGAGAAGAUCUUCAGGUAGGUCUGGGUCAUCCCACCCUCUUUUCUUAUUCCAGAGCCUCUGGACCACAACCUUGGGCCGUGUGGUGUAUGGGACGAUGAAGCCGAGUGGAUCGUACUGGCUGGCAAGGAUCCAAUAUAUGUUGCACAUGGUGGGUUAAAUUUUCUCCAUGUGACCUUGCUUGUAGCCAAGAGUGUCAGACAGACAUUGCCAUCGUAAUCCAAGGGUGUGCUCUUGGGGUUCAACACCAUCCUCGGUGAACCACAGCUCACCGUUCUCCAACCUGGACUCUUGAGGUACAGUGAGGGAAAAAAGUAUUUGAUCCCCUGCUGAUUUUGUACGUUUGCCCACUGACAAAGAAAUGAUCAGUCUAUAAGUUGUCUGUUUAUUUGAACAGUGAGAGACAGAAUAACAACAAAAAAAUCCAGAAAAAAACUCAUGUCAAAAAUUUUAUAAAUUGAUUUGCAUUUUAAUGAGGGAAAUAAGUAUUUGACCCCCUCUCAAUUAGAAAGAUUUCUGGCUCCAAGGUGUUUUUUAUACAGGUAACGAGCUGAGAUUAGGAGCACACUCUUAAAGGGAGUGCUCCUAAUCUCAGCUUGUUACCUGUAUAAAAGACACCUGUCCACAGAAGCAAUCAAUCAAUCAGAUUCCAAACUCUCCACCAUGGCCAAGACCAAAGAGCUCUCCAAGGAUGUCAGGGACAAGAUUGUAGACCUACACAAGGCAGGAAUGGGCUACAAGACCAUCGCCAAGCAGCUUGGUAAGAAGGUGACAACAGUUGGUGCGAUUAUUCGCAAAUGGAAGAAACACAAAAUAACUGUCAAUCUCCCUCGGCCUGGGGCUCCAUGCAAGAUCUCACCUUGUGGAGUUGCAAUGCGGUGAGGAAUCAGCCCAGAACUACACGGGAGGAUCUUGUCAAUGAUCUCAAAGCAGCUGGGACCAUAGUCACCAAGAAAACAAUUGGUAACACACUACGCCGUGAAGGACUGAAAUCCUGCAGCGCCCGCAAGGUCCCCCUGCCCAAGAAAGCACAUAUACAGGCCCGUCUGAAGUUUGCCAAUGAACAUAUGAAUGAUUCAGAGGAGAACUGGGUGAAAGUGUUGUGGUCAGAUGAGACCAAAAUCAAGCUCUUUGGCAUCAACUCAAUUCGCCGUGUUUGGAGGAGGAGGAAUGCUGCCUAUGACCGUAACAACACCAUCCCCACCAUCAAACAUGGAGGUGGAAACAUUAUGCUUUUGGGGGUGUUUUUCUGCUAAGGGGACAGGACAACUUCACCACAUCAAAGGGACGAUGGACGGGGCCAUGUACCGUCAAAUCUUGGGUGAGAACCUCCUUCCCUCAGCCAGGGCAUUGAAAAUGGGUCGUGGAUGGGUAUUCCAGCAUGACAAUGACCCAAAACACACGGCCAAGGCAACAAAGGAGUGGCUCAAGAAGAAGCACAUUAAGGUCCUGGAGUGGCCUAGCCAGUCUCCAGACCUUAAUCCCAUAGAAAAUCUGUGGAGGGAGCUGAAGGUUCGAGUUGCCAAAUGUCAGCCUCGAAACCUUAAUGACUUGGAGAAGAUCUGCAAAGAGGAGUGGGACAAAAUCCCUACUGAGAUGUGAGCAAACCUGGUGGCCAACUACAAGAAACGUCUGACCUCUGUGAUUGCCAACAAGGGUUUUGCCUACCAAGUACUAAGUCAUGUUUUGCAGAGGGGUCAAAUACUUAUUUCCCUCAUUAAAAUGCAAAUCAAUUUAUAAAAUUUUUGACAUGCAUUUUUCUGGAUUAUUUUGUUGUUAUUCUGUCUCUCACUGUUCAAAUAAACCUACUAUUAAAAUGAUAGACUGAUCAUGUCUUUGUCAGUGGGCAAACGUACAAAAUCAGCAGGGGAUCAAAUACUUUUUUCCCUCACUGUAGGUGUUUCGAUGACUGCUGGAAAGUUGCUGGCCCAAUGGCAUAGAUCGAAUCCUCCCUCAGCAAGAAGGGGCUUCAGCUUGUCCACCAGUUUCUUGGCUUCAUCCACAGAGGGGAGGCUUUGUAGACAGUUGUCUACAUAGAAACAGCGUUCUAUAGAAAAGCGCACAUCUUCUUCGGGCUCACUGUGGUCGAACACAUGCUUCUGAAGGGCAAACGUGGCACAGCAGGGGCUAUAUGUCGUCCCAAAGGGAAGAACCUGCCACUCAUAGACAUCAGUGUAAUCAUCACGGUUUAGGUCUCGCCACAGAAACCGGAGAAGAGGCUGGUCACAGAAACCGGAGAAGAGGCUGGUCUUCGGGUAGCAGGUGGACAUGAUGGAACAUCCCCUUUAUGUCACUGCUGAUGGCCACAGAGUGUUACCGGAAACGGAUAAGGACUCUAAGCAGAGUAGCUCCCAAGGUAUGUCCAGGAAAUAGUUGUUCGUUCAAGCUCUUGCCCCUGUAGUUGAAGGAAAGGUUGAAGACAACUUUAUUUUUCCCAUUGUGAUGGACCAUAUGAUGGGGAAUGUACCAACCUUGGUACUCGUGGACUGCUACUGGGGAUACCUUCUUAACGUGGCCGGACUCCACCAGCUUGUGAAUCUCUGCGUUGUACACUGCUUUCUCUGGAUCCUUGGACAGACGCUUCUCUGUCCCUCGCAGAUGAGCCAGUACUGCUUCCUUUGGAGCUUCUAAGGGAGGAAGGUUCUUCUUCCACAGAAGAGGAGUGUCGUACCUUUGAACCCCGUCCACUUUGACCCUGACUGCCUUUUCCUCCAGUAGAUGCAUAGCUUUUACAUCUUGUCUGGACAAUGUGUGAUGAACUUCUCACUCCUGUACGGUAGCAUAUCCAACUGCCAGAGCUUCUCUACAUGGCUGAAGAGCUCUCCAGAUGGAGAGACAAGGGAUGUAUGAAGGCACUGUUGUGGAGCAAGACUUUGCUGCAGGAACUUUGAAGGACCUUGAAGGGUCCAUCCGAGCUGUCUUGAUAGCGGCAUGUCUGCCAGGGGGAUCCAAACACACUGGAUCCGUCGGGGUGAUUAGAUGGGGCUAGUCUGAUCCGAUAAGCAGUAACGGCUGUGCCUGGUCCAGCGGUGGAAGGAGUAGACCUUUGAGGUGCCGAUAUCGUUUCUUAAGGGCUUCGACUGGGUAGGUAUGUGGUGCAAGGCCCAACUCUUCAGCUGUGAAGGCUCUGUGGAUGUCAAAGUACCUGUUUGGUUGAGUAACAGGGGCCACAGAGCAUGACACAGAAGCUCCAUGGACGACUCAGAUAUCUUGACGCACUGUACGAAGUGCCAAGUCCUCAGGAUUUCCUUGGAGGCCUUCCCAUCGUCCAACAGGGCGUACGUGCAAGUGACUUGUUGCCGCUCCGCAAGAUGACUCGACUCAUCUUCAGCAGCACCUUGCUGCUGCCGGAAGGUCGAAGGUCGAUCAACAUAGGCAAAUGCUCUCUGUUGAUGCCUUUGUGCUGGCGGUCUUCAUAGCGUUUAUGCUAGUGUUCUUUGUAGCAGUCGGGCUAGUGUUGACUUCGUGGAGAAUCUCAAGAUGCUUCUUCUUGCACUUCUUGCACUUAGCCUUGAGAGUACACUGAGCUGCUUGGUGUUCGCGCACACACUUCCAACAUCUUUCAUUUGUCUUGAUCCAGGAUUAUUUAUGUUCUUUGGAAAGGAGCUGAAAGUUGGUGCAUUGAUUCAUAUAAUGCUGCGUGGUGUUGCAGAACGGACAAUACUUAUUUGGCUUUUCCCGUGACCUUUCCUCUGGAGACUGGUUCUGUGCAGAGAGUUUGACUUCGUCCUUUCUCUGCUCACAUCCAUGGAGGAUGGUGAUGGUCUUGGGGAAUGAUUUGUCUUUACACUGAUCUCAGCGUGAACUAGGGUGGUCCCUGCUUUGUUUGCAACUGAACUGCGUGGCAUCUAAUUGCACUCUCACCUCUUACUCGAGCCACUCUGCCAGGUAGAGGCAGGUUGGAAUGGGUGUCUUAAUGGGGUUCACACAUCUCUUGAAGCUGGCUCUUCAGUAUGUCCAUUAGUCCCUAGCUGAUCCAAAAUGCCAACCAAGGCAUGCACCCUCAGAGCGAAUCUUCGGAAUGCCUUGGUGUCACCACUCUUGAUGUUGGGGCCAUCCAUUAACACUGGCUGGCCAUACAGUUCUGUGAGGGACUCCAUGGUGGCACUGUAUGGGUACCUGCUGUUGCUGUAGGAGUUGGCAAUUAGCAAAGCCUCUUCCAACUUCAGGUGGUCCACCAAUAUCUGAAACUUGAAGCACCCUGUUGUAUCUACAGGCAGCACAUUGUUGAGGGCCACCUUCAGCCUUGCAAACUCUUACGGGUCUUCAUUGAUGAAGUUGGGGAUGGUAGGAGUUGGUCCACCGUAGACGCGCUCCCGGCUGGGUGGAGAAGGUGUGCGGUGACGGUCAGGCGAGUUGUCGCAGUGGCGAUGGUCAGGUAAGGGGUGAUACAAUACAAUACAAUACAAUAUGCCAUUUAGCAGACACUUUUAUCCAAAGCGACUUACAGUCCAAGUUAAUAUGUACAGUGCUGAAAACGGAUUUCAGUGGGAAUUCCAUUCAUUCACUGUGUCAACAGAAAAAAAGUGAAUACUGAAGAUCAUGCUCUGCUCUGAUCUUUGUAAAGUAAUAAACAAAUGUAAAAAAAUAAAUAUAAUUUGGCAACUAGAUAUAUCUGUGUCAUACUGUGAUGUGUUCAUUACGCGAGAAACUCUUUGGAAGAAGACCGAUAUUGCGGUGAAACAAAAGUGUGUCUUCAUUGGCUCCCACCAACACAGCAUUGUCUUUAGUACAUUUUGUAUUAUUGUCCACAUUGCACCUGAAAUACUGCUCCUCAGCUGACCCUCUUUGGGAUAUGGGAUGCAUCUCCCCACCACACUCUUUUGACUAACUAUAGGUUAGUCUCAUGCUUAUUGGGUACACAAUAAACCAAUGGGGAUCUGAGUCAAUUCGGUGCAGUAGGCAAUAAAAAAGAAUGAAAAAGGAAACAUUGCAUGGAUGAAGAACUUCCUAUCUAUCAAGCAGCCUGAUGCACAUGUGGAGUUAAAGACAUCCUCAAAGAAAAUAUGACCAAUCUUUGCCAUCUUUGGUUAAUAAAAUUAUAAAAUCUUAUAAACAAGAUUUAAAACAUAACUAUUCCUUUAAAAUGAAAGAAAAGUUCAGGAGGAGGACUGCAGCAGCAGGCAGUGGUCCUUCAGGGCAUUGUGUGGGAUAAGGGGGUAGGAUUGGUCCUGACAGGGAGAGAGGGUGUUUGGAGGGGGUCAGGUGAGUAGUCGCGGCGGCUAUGGUCAGGUGAGUAGUCGCGGUGGUGACGAUCAGGUGUAGGCUGACCGUAGCGGUCAGGUGAGUACUCGCAACGGUCAGGUGAGUAGGCGCGGCGGCGACGGUUAGGUGCAGGCUGACGACGGCGAUCAGGUGUAGGCUGACCGCAGCGGUUAGGUGAGGGCUGACGUUGGCGAUCCUGUGAAGUCAGCCCUCUAGGUGGCGCUGUAGGGAUAUGAGUUCUGCAAUAAGAAGUCGACCGGUCUCGCUGGUGCGAUGGCUCACAACGUCGAGGGGUUGACUGAGUAGAUGAUGACGGUGGGGUUGACUGGUCUAAGAAGGAGAGCCCUCUGAUUUUCAAUGAGCUGCUCUAUCUUAUCCCGCUGCCUUUGUGACUGCAGUUUAUCAUCUCUGGUUGUCACCAGCUGUGCCCGCUCAGGCUGACUUUGAUGAUGACAAUCUCUAGUCGAGGUGCGCCUGCUAUGGGGGGUCGGUGAGUUGGCCAUUGAUGAAGAUGAGGCUCCAUCCUCACUGUUGCGGGUCAGCCUGGGUAGUGACUUGAACUGUUGGGGACCUAUUGAAGCGGAUGAAUUUGGCUCUUCCGAUAGCUCCAGUAUCUCCCGUGUCAACUUCUCAGUUUUCCUCUCCUAUCAGAUUCAGGCACGUUACGACUGUUCUGGAAGAAGAAUGGGUAAUUAAUUCCACUCACAGCGCCCUCUGCUCAUGGUCCCUCGUUGGAGUGGUGUGUUGGUGUGUGUGGUGUCUGCCUUGAUUCGUAGCUUAUAGUCGACCUGACGAUGUGGGGGGCGAGUCUGACGGCGGGGACGAACCACAACUUGUGGAGGAUCUUCUCUGGAGACUGGCAUCCUUGAACUCUGGCAGUUACUGAAUCCGGCUCGAAGGACCAUGAAAAAUAUGGGUUGUUUAUGAAUUCGAAGGACCAAUAAAAAGGGAUAAAAAAUGUAGGGGCUGGAUUUUAGGCCGGUAGCAACCACCACAGGGUGUCCGUUCAGAACACGAGGAAGCAGUAGUUCCAGUUCAAGGUUUAAUGAAGAGCCACACACACACAAACACAUACAACACCACUCUCUCUGAUACUAAUUGUGGUUCUGUAAAGAAAAGAGGAGAACUUAGGCUAUAGCACAGUAUGGGAAAAAUAUGCCUAUUUGCAUGUUAACAACUAAACAUGCUAUGUGGACCAAAACACAUGAUAGAUGCACAAAGAACAAAAGAGCAAUGUAGAAAUAACUACACAUUAUAAAACAACAUAGAAGCAUGAGUGAUCUACAACCGAAAAUAGCCUAGCACAACAGACAAAUGCUAACAAAUGCUAAUCACUAAUAAGCAUGCUAAAUUGUCAUGCAUUCCAGAUGACAAUGCUAACGCUAGCGGGAGUACGCAAGCAAACAAGUUUAAGACAAAUGGUACAUAUUUACAACAGACACUAUUUAGCUCCAAACAACAAUACAUCAGGAUUUUGGUACUUACAUUUAGCUGCACGCACAAUAAACAUCAGAAAGAAAAGCAAUUUCUUCUAAGGAGGUAGUAUAAGCAGGAGAGAAAAACAGGUUGGUCAUCAGAAUGGAAACUAUAGACUGCCUGAAGCCCUGCCUGGUCGGGUAUUAGGCUAAGUCCUGGGGAAAAAGGCUGCUGAUUGGCUAAUAAAAUGAUGAUGUUUGGCAUGACCUUAUUCCAAUAGAAAAACCAAAAUAAAGUUGGCGUGUUGGAAAGGAGAUGAGCUGGCCGUUUCUACAGUUGGAAAAAAGCAGAGCGCUGGCUUUGACAGGUCCAAAUUGCCAACAAGCGUGAGUUUGACAAUUGUGCUGGCUUUUCACUAAUAUAGUCACAAUAUCGGCAUAUUUCAGGUCAUUCAGGGAUUCAGCCCUCAGUGGUCACUUUACCACCUUCCCUAAACAACAGCCAUAUAAAUAUACUUACUAGAUGGGACAAAGUGUCUCAGACUGCAACAACUUAACUGGAACACUUAUGGGUACACUUUUAGUCUCAUCCUAGUUUUAUACCUAUGGGUCCACCCAACACAUGACAUUGACUUGAAUUCUACUAAUUACAUUUCAAUGGGAUGAGCAUUCCCUACCACAGUCCUAAUAUUAACAUAAAAAAUAUGUGAAAUACACACACUGCUCUCAAAUAGGGGGUUAGAUGGCCCAGACAAAGAUAUCUUGAAAACAACAUACACUACAUGAUCAAAAGAAUGUGGACACAUUCCAAAAUCAUUGGCAUUAAUAUGGAGUUGGUACCCCCUCUGAUGCUAUAACAUCCUACACUCUUCUGGGAAGGCUUUCCACUAGAUGUUGGAACAUCGCUGUGGGGACUUGCUUCCAUUCAGCCACCAGAUCAUUAGUGAGGUCAUCCCAAAGGUGUUCGAUGGGGUUGAGGUCAGGGCUCUGUGCAGGCCAGUCAAGUUCUUCCACACCGAUCUCAACAAACCAUUUCUGUAUGGACCUCGCUUUGUGCACAGGGUCAGUGUCAUGCUGAAACAGGAAAGGACCUUCCCCAAACUGUUGCCACAAAGUUGGAAGCACAUAAUUGUAUAGAAUGUCAUUGUAUGCUGUAGCGUUAAGAUUUCCCUUCACUGGAACUAAGGGGCCCAGACUAUUAUUCCUCCACCAAACUUUACAGUUGGCACUAUGCAUUGGGGCAGGUAGCGUUCUCCUGGCAUCUGCCAAACCCAGAUUAGUCUGUCAGACUUCGAGAUGGUGAAGCAUGAUUCAUCACUCCAGAGAACGUGUUUCCACUGCUGCAGAGUCCAAUGGCGGCGAACUUUACACCACUCCAGCCGACGCUUGGCAUUGUGCAUGGUGAUCUUAGGCUUCUGUGCGGCUGCUUGGCCAUGGAAACCCAUUUCGUGAAGCUCCCGACUAACAGUUAUUGUGCUGACGUUGCUUCCAGAGGCAGUUUGGAACUCGGUAGUGAGUGUUGCAACCGAGGACAGACGAUUUUUACGCACUACGCGCUUCAGCACUCAGAGGUCCCAUUCCUUGUGUGGCCUACCACUUCGUGGAUGAGCCGUUGUGGCUCCUAGACAUUUCCACUUCACAAUAACAGUGCUUACAGUUAACAGGGGCAGCUCUAGCAUGGCAGAAAUUUGGUUAAAUGAAUUGUUGGAAAUGUGGCAUACUAUAAUGAUGCCACGUUGAAAGACUGAGCUCUUCAGUAAGGCCAUUCUACUGACAAUGUUUGUAUAUAGAGAUUGCAUGGAUGUGUGCUCAAUUUUAUACACCUGUCAGCAACGGUUGUGGCUGAAAUAACCAAAUCCACUAAUUUGAAGGGAUGUCCUCAUACUUUUGUAUAUACAGUGCAUUCGUAAAGUAUUCAGACCCCUUCCCUUUUUCCACAAUUUAUUACGUUACAGCUUUAUUCUAAAAUUGAUUAAAUCAUAUUUUUUCCUCAUCAAUCACACACAAUACCACAUAAUGACAAUGCACAAUCACACACAAUACCACAUAAUGACAACGCGAAAACAGGUUUUUAGAAUACAAAAAAACAAACACAAAUACCUUAUUUAACUAAGUAGUCAGACCCUUUGCUAUGAGACUCGAAAUUGAGCUCAGGUGCAUCCUUUUUCCAUUGAGCAUCCUUGAGAUGUUUCUACAACUUGAUUGGAGUCCACCUGUGGUAAAUUAAAUUGAUUGGACAUGAUUUGGAAAGGCACACACCUGUCUAUAUAAGGUCCCACAGUUGACAGUUUAUGUCAGUGCAAUAACCAAGGUUGAAGGAAUUGUCCGUAGAGCUCCGAGACAGGAUUGUGUUGAGGCACAGACCUGGGGAAGGGUACCAAAACAUUUCUGCAGCAUUGAAAGUCCCAAAGAACAGUGGCCUCCAUCAUUCUUAAAUGGAAGAAGUUUGGAACCACCAAGACUCUUCCUAGAACUGGCCGCACAGUCAAAUUGAGCAAUCGUGAAAGAAGGGCCUUGGUCAGGGAGGUGACCAAGAACCCGAUUGUCACUCUGACAGAGCUCCAGAGUUCCUCUGUGGAGAUGGGAGAACCUUCCAGAAGGACAACCAUCUCUGCAGCAUACCACCAAUCAGGCCUUUAUGGUAGAGUGGCCAGACGGAAGCCACUCCUCAGUUAAAGGCACAUGACAGCCCGCUUGGAGUUUGCCAAAAGGCACCUAAAGGACUCAGACCAUGAGAAACAAGAAUCUCUGGUCUGAUGAGACCAAUAUUGACGUAUUUGGUCUAAAUGCCAAGAGUCUCGUCUAGAGGAAACCUGGCACCAUCCCUACGGUGAAGCAUGGUGGUGGCAGGGACUGGGAGUCUAGUUAGGAUCGAGGGAAAGAUGAAUGGAGCAAAGAACAGCGAGAUCCUUGAUGAAAUUUGAUUUAUUUUUUAUACAUUUGCAAACAUUUCUAAAAACCUGUUUUUGCUUUGUCAUUAUGGGGUAUUGUGUGUAGAUUGAUGAGGGAAAACUAAAAUUUAAUCAAUUUUAGAAUAAGGCUGUAACGUAACAACAUUUGGAAAAGGUCAAGGGGUCUGAAUACUUUCCAAAUGCACUGUAUUGUGUACUUCUGAGAGAAAAUUCAAUUUAACGGUGCAUGAUGCUAAAAUCAAAAGUUGCCAAGUGUGAAAAAGAGAAGCAAUGUGUUCUCUUUAGUACAUUGAACUUCACAGUAGGGCAUCACUCCAGAACCAUCUACAUUACAAUACAUCUAGAGUACGUUAUAUACUCUUAUAUGAGAAGAGUAGCUCUUAAGGCUGUGUAAUAACUACAUGCUUCACUUCUCAAUGUGUUAGCCAGAAUACUAUACCACUGCACGGAAGGCUAACCCCAAACCGAUCUACUGUAUCUCAUCAUCUGUAGUCCUAUGUGCUUGACUUUGCCAUUGUCUCAAUGCUCAUCUGUGAUGUGUGAAGUCACAGAGCUCGAGAAACACAAGUCAAAUCCAAGUAAAGGGCUAGCAGGCUAACACGGUGAAUGAUCUUACACACAGUCUUCAGAUGAAGAAGCCCUAAACACUGUCACUACCGUGACAGACCAAACCUAGAAGCCAGGAGAAGAGGUUUUGGUCUCUUCUCCUGCGUUAUUCAUGCAGAAUGACGUACUCGUCGACAGGAAGAAAGAGAAAAAGAGAGAGAUGGGGGAGGGAUAA